AUGGAUGAUGACGACGACGACAACGAUGACAACAGUGGCAAUGCCUCCUUCUAUGGAGAAAGCUAUGUGCAGCUGAGGACGCUGAGGACGGUGGAGUCUUCUGAGAGGACUUCCUUGUAUACCUGCAUACUGUAUCUGUUGCUUAUAUCCUAUUGUAUUUUGUUCUCCUCUUCCACAGCCUCGUUCUAUGGGGAUGGCUACGUGCAGCUGAGGACGGUGGAGUCGUCUGAGAGGACCUCCCUGCACGUGCGUUUCCGCACCUCCUACAGCAGCGGGGUACUCUUCCUGGCGGCCGGGGAGACAGACUACUGCCUGGUGGAACUCCAGUCUGGACGCGUCCAGGUGACACUGGAUCUGGGCUCCGGCGUGCGCAGCCUCCGCUCGGAGAAAGGCGUGCAGCUGGACGACCUGGUGUGGCACACCAUGGAGCUGGAACAGGACCGCCACAACGUCCAGCUGACCGUGGACAAGUACUCCCAGACCAGCCUGAGGAUGCCGGGCCCAGACCUGGAGCUCAGCGUCCAGGAGGGCCUGUUCGUGGGUGGGCUCGGGGACCUGCGGAAGUCCUACCUGCCGGCCGAUGGGACAGCUGCUAUAUCGUUAUCGUCGUCGUCAUCGUCGUCAUCCUACACAGGUUUCAGGGGCUGCCUGGACGAGGUGCUGUUCAACGAGCACAACCUGCUCUCCUCCCUCAGGCCGUACUCAGGCUACAAGCGGGUUCACGAGGUGUCGUUCGGGUGCAGCUCCGAGUUCUCGGCCAGCGCGGACGAGCCUGUGCACUUCUUCAGCUCGAGGGCGUUCCUGGCCCUGCCGAUGUGGGAUGUUCCCCAGGAGGGGAUAUUCGAGUGCGAACUCCACCAGUCAGCCCAGGAUGGAAUCGUUCUGUACAGCUCCGCUAACGACGGCUACUACGUCGCCAUGGAGCUGACGGGCGGCCACGUUGUGGCCACGGUCGGCUCUGCAACCGCAAAGACGGAACUCCGCUGCCCGUUGCCAGAGGACGGGAGCGAGGGCGAGUGGAAUCUGGUCAGGAUGCAUCUGUCCGCCGUGAGCGUCCACUUGGUCGUCGGGGGAGACAUACAGAACGCGAGCCUUGGCUUGCGUACCAACGCACUCCAACUCAGCGGGCCUCUUUUCGUAGGCGGGGUCGACUCUAGGACCCGCGUCGAGGCCAAGCAGAACGAACUGGCGUCCCUGGUGGGGAAGCAAACGGGAGGAGGCGGGUCCAUCAGGGGAUGCAUGAGGAACAUCCGAGUCAACGCCCAAAAGACAGGCUUGCCGAGCGCACUGGUGACCAAGGACAUCUCCGACGGCUGUGAGAUAGACACGUCUCCUUUUGACUUCUUCACCACACCCAAUCCGAACACCGACCAGGACGUCUUCCAGGUCAAACCCCCUAGAGUGGAGUGCAAGAGGGGCGAAAGCUACCUGGCUCUGGAGGACCUGGUGGUGCCUGAGGGGGGCAGGGCACCCUUAGGCCCCCGGCACGUCAGGAUGACCCUUGACCUGCAGAGCUUUGGGCUCGAUCGGCACCAGAUCAUGAUCCGCAUCGAGGAGCAGCCAGUUCACGGGCAGCUGAGGCUGGACGUCGGCCCAGACCAAGAGGACAACACCUUCAGCCUGCUGGACCUCUGGCGCGGCCGCGUCAUGUACGUGCACGGCGGCUCCGAAGACCCGGCGGACUUCUUCACCUUCUCCGUGUUCGGCAACAGCAAGCGGCAGCAGCUGCCGGCCUGCAUGAGGGGCAACAACAAGCUCCACCGCCUCAACGUCAGCGUGGCGGCCAGCAACGACGCUCCCGAGAUCAGCCUGCCCGAGGGCAACCUCCUGACGGUGCUGGAGGAGUCCAAGCGCCAGCUCACCACCGACACGCUCCGAGUCAGCGACCCAGACUCCACAGACCUGAUGGUGUCGCUGCUGGGCACCGUAAACACGGACGCCGGCUACCUGGAGAUAGACACCGAGCCCGGCCAGGCCAUCAGGAACUUCUCCUACUUGCACCUGGAGCAAGGGAGGGUGUACUACGUCCACGCGGGGGUCAAGAACUCCCGAAUCGCCUUGAGGGUGAGCGACGGGGAGAAGGUGAGCAACACGGUGGUGCUGAGGGUCACGGCGGUCCGGCUGGAGUACCGGGUGGUCAACAACACGGGCGUGGAGGUGACGCAGGGCGGGUGGGCCGUCCUGGGCUCCAAGCACCUGGCCGUGCAGGUCAACGUGGCCCAGCAGGUGGGGGAGGUGCGCUAUGAUGUUGUAGAGCCGCCGCAGUACGGCGAGCUGCAGAGGCUCUUCUCCAACGGCGAGUGGAAACACACCUGGAUAUUCACGCAGAAGCUGCUGGAGAAGGAGAGGAUACGGUACCUCAGCACGCAUCCGGGAUCCCACCCGGGGAACGUGACGGACAGCUUCCGGUUCAGGGUCAGUAUCGGGUCCAUGACCACAGAGGAGAUGCUGUUCUCCAUCGUGGUGCAGGGGAUCCACUACAAGGUCAUGAAGAGCAAAAUGCAGGUGAAUGCAGAACGCCGGGUGGCUAUCACUUCUCAGGACUUACGGGCUGUUUCCAAAGGCAUGAAAAUCCCUGAUAGUGAACUGUACUUUUUAGUGCUGUCGCUGCCAAAGAAAGGACACCUGAUCCUUGACAAAAAGGUGCUAGGGAUCAAUGGCACUUUUAGCCAGAAAAACAUUUCGGACGAGAAAUUGGUAUAUGAGAUGUUGGAUGAGCCACUGGCUGACAUGAGGGACUCAUUCACCUUUUUGGUGUUUUCCAAAUAUUCCUAUUCAGCGAAUCACGACUUCAGGUUUCUUAUCAAAGCAUCGACACAGAGCAUUGUGUUGACAAACUUUGGGCUAAAUUUAAUUGAGGGGGACAGCAAAGUCAUUACCAGAGAUGACUUGUUUUCUGAGACAAACACCAACAGUGAAGUGGUAUAUAAGGUCACCAACAGUCCCAAAUAUGGGAAGUUAGCGACAAUCAAUCUUUCCGACUCGGCUACCAAUAACGAAAACAUUUCACUGUUCUCGAACCAGGACAUUCUUAAUGGUCGCCUCAUGUAUGUCCAUGACGGCAGCGAAACAACUUAUGAUGAAUUCAGUUUCAUUGCUUCUGUGAUUUCAAGUGAUGCUGUUGAUGAUGACGAUGAUGAGGACAACGUUGUGAAAGGUAUCUUCAAAAUUUCCAUCCAGCUGGAUAACGAUGAAAAACCUGUACGCGUUGUCGAUAAAGUCUUCCACGUGGCAAAAAACGGCCAGAGACUGAUAACGCUGGAGGAUUUGUGCUAUAACGACGCCGAUUCAGACUUCGACAGCGGACAGCUGAUCUACACCAGACGGAGCAUCUCCUUAGGCGAAAUCGUCUUGGCGAACGACACGACGCAGAAGCUGUACCAGUUCCGCCAGAAGGACAUGGAGGAGAAGAGGAUCCUGUUCGUCCACAACGGGCCAAGCUACGGCCGGUUUGUCCUGUUCGUGUCGGACGGAAGGCACUACGUGUCCACCAUCUUGGAGGUCAUCGCCCAGGACCCGUAUAUCAAAGUGGCCACGAACACAGGCCUGUUGGUCCGCAAGGGAAGCGAGGUGGUGCUGUCCUUGGCUAACUUCAGCGUCAGCAGCAACCUCGACAUCCGGGACGACCAAGAAGUAACCUUUGACCUCUUCCUUCCUCCGAAGCACGGACGUCUCACAUGCCAAGGAGCGAGGACUAAGGCGUUUACCCUGCAAGACAUCAAGGCAGGGGACGUGGUGUAUGAGCACAACGAUGGCUCGAAUCCUCUAGACGUGUUCAAUUUCACAGUGCGGGCCAAAGGCCUGCAGCUUGAUGCCAGUGUUGUUGUGAAAGUGUUCCUCGAGAGCCACCAGCAGCCUCCGACAAUCCUCCGCAAUAACCCCAUACUGGUGGAGGCCAAGAAGCCUGUGAAGAUCACCAGGAAGGAUCUGGAGGUGGCCCACAAAGACAACGCGCCCACCGAGAUUGUGUUCCGAGUGAAGAAGCCCCCCUCCAACGGCUUCCUGCGCAGGUCGGUGGGGCAGGACGAGCCCUACCAGGGCACCCAGGAGAGGCCCAUACGCAGCUUCACCCAGGAGGACGUCAAUGACCAACUCGUCCAGUACGUCCACGUGGGCUCAGACCAGGCUGCCGACACCUUCCUGGUGGACAUCAGCAACAGCCUCACGGUGAUCAGUGAUGUCAUAAUCACCAUGGAGGUGAUUCCGCAGCACAUUCCGUUGCAGGUUGUCCCAGUGACCUUGUCGGAGGGGGCUUCCAGGGCACUGACCAAGGAUAUCAUACAGGUCACCAGCGCCCAGUUUAAAGGACUCAACUUCCUCUACCAGGUGACUGAGUAUCCGAACAACGGACAGAUUGAGAACUGGAGGUUCCCAGGGGUGGCUAUCCCAACCUUCACCAGAGUACAGGCGGAGCACGGCUUCAUCCAGUACGUGCACGAUGGCAGUGAGUCCCUGGUGGACAGCUUCACGCUGGUGGCCAAUGAUACGGUCCUCAGGAGGCACAGCCUGCCCUGCGUGGUGCACGUUAAUAUCACCCCCAUUAAUGACGAGGUCCCAACUGUCACCGUCAACAACAUCCUGAAGGUGUGGGUCGGAUCCAUCACAGAGAUCACGGUGGAUGACCUGAACGCUGAGGACAAAGAUUCCAGGCCGGAACAGCUGGAGUUCAUCGUGACCCCACCCACCAACGGCCAUCUGGCUCUUAAAGCGGCCCCGUCCAGACCCAUCCUCAACUUCACACAGGCACACAUACUGGCCAACCAGCUGCUCUUCAUACACACUGGUGCCCUGUCAGGCGGGUUUCACUUCCAGGUCAACGAUGGGUUGAACUUUGCUGAGCGAGAGAUGUUUGCCACCAUGGCCCGUACCCUUGAACUGAGCCUGGAGAGAAACCUGGUCCUGAAGCUGUUCCCAGGCACUCUGAAGGCCAUUACGGAUGAUCACUUGCUGGUGGUGACCAAUGACUUCAAUGAUAUCACUGGAAACCGUGACAUCACGUUCACCGUGACGAAUCCCCCAAAACUGGGCAGACUGGUCAGGGUGAUGGAGGACAACAGCACGAAGGAAAUAUCCUCCUUCACUCAGAAUAUGGUUAAUGACGAGGAAAUAAUGUAUGCGCAAACUGACACUGAUGCCUUGGGCUGGAAGACCAAGGACUCGUUCACCUUCACUGUUCUAGCCUCCCCUGCCUCCCUUCAGCCUCAAACCUUCUCCAUAGAGAUCUCCUAUGACAACGCAGGCCCAGAGCAAACCACUAUUCUCCUAGCCAACACUGGUGCUGUAGUGCCAGAGGGUGGAAGGGUUGUGAUAGACAAGUCCAAACUUGACGCCUCCAACUUGCUGAGGAAAGUGAAGGAGCCUAAGAAGAAGCAGCUGAGCUACGAGGUUUGGUACAGAGUGACGUCUCUGCCCAACUAUGGCGUGAUUGUCGUAGAAGGUCAGAACUUGACCACGGACAAUGCAGAUUUCUCCCAGGUCGUCGUUGACCAAGAUGGGGUGACCUACACACACGAUGACUCGGAGAACUUUUAUGACUAUUUCUCCUUUGAUGUCUGGCUGAACCCUAAAGGCACGGUUGCCAAGCGACCGCAGGACAUGUCCGAGGUCGUCUCGGAAACCUUCAGCAUCACCGUGACGGCCGUCAACGAUCAACCACCGGUGAUUAGGACGCUGGCCCCAGUUCUCAAGGUCGUUCACGGCGACCUUGUGACCUUGACCUCUGAGAACCUCCACGUGGAGGACCAGGACACUCCACCAGAGGACAUCCAGUACACUGUGACCAGCAGGCCCGAAAGCGGCCUCCUUUUCCUCAGCAACAACCGAAACGAGUCUGCGCCGGUUUUCACCCAGGGCGAUGUCAACAGCGGCCGGGUUCACUUCAUCCAAGAUGGAGAUCUCUCGCACGGGGUAUUUAACUUUAGUGUGACCGACGGGGUGCAUCAGCCGCUCAGCAAGCACCUGAGAGUGGAGGUCGAACAGGUCUCCAUAACGAUGGUAAACAGCACAGGUCUGACCCUCCGGCAAGGCCAAUCGUCAGUCGUGCUUACAUCCAAGCAUUUAGCUGCCAUAACCAAUAAAAGAAACGCAAGCAUUACGUACUACAUUACCCAGCAGCCCCGGUAUGGCGCCAUUCUCAAGGAUGGCCAGAAGGUGGUGCAAUUUGAUGACGAGGAUCUGCGCUCAGCUACGCUGUCCUACAACAUGACCGAGCUGAGCGUCCCUGAGGACAGCUUCGAGUGCACGCUCUCUCUGCCUGAGGUCAACCUGACCUCCCAGAGGGUCAACAUCACAGUGAGGCCGCUGAUCGCCAUGAACCAUCACGUGCGCAUUCCGAGCGGCGUCGCCGUGAAGCUGAGGAGAAUCGUUCUCGACGCCGGCGAGCUUGCCGCCUUGAGUCGCAGCGACCCCGUGUUUGAGAUUGUAUCCCCUCCCAGGUACGGCAGGCUUCUGAAGUUUGGCCAGAGCGGCUCCAUGAAGCUGGUGAAGUCUUUUACUUUUCAGGACGUGAUCCAAGGCAGAGUGGCGAUCGAGGAGAGCAACAACCUGACAGGUCUGCAGGGCAACGUGCCUCUUAGCAACACAACCAAAAUCCAUCACCUGAAAGACUCCUUUGCAUUUCUCCUGACGGCCCCAAACGUCCAGCCGGCAAGAGGGGAGUUUGUGUUCAACGUUGUGCCAUACAAACCCAUGAGCAGGAUGCCCGCCAUCACCUCUGACCCUUCUCGGACCACUGAACCACCACCGGCAUUCAACAACACCAUCCAGGACACCUCUCCACAGCAUCCCGUUACGGGCAGGGAACAUAAUCACACAAGAUCACACAAGCACAGGCACAAAAGCAAAGGGCGCAGUCGAUCAGGAGGACACACCACCCACUGGCACAACAGACCCCCGGGCUCCACAGCGCCCAAGACAACCUCAGGACAGCAGCAUGUGAACCUCACCAACGUCCCCGUGUUUGUGGAGUCCAUGCCCAGGCCCGCGUCGGACCCGCUCCUCAUCAUCCUGCCCUUCCUCGCCUGCCUCCUCCUCAUCGUCAUCCUCAUCAUCAUGAUCCUGGUGUUCCGUCAUCGCCGGGAGAAACGGGCGGCACAGCAGAGCGCCGUCCGCGGAAGGACUGCACCAACAGCAACGGGGAGGGGGAGGCAUGGCGAGGACCAAUCAGAGACCAGAAGCCCCUGCUUGGGCACACCUGAGAGGAGCGUGGCCAUGCCGUCGGUGGUGGUCACACCUGUGAGGUGUCGUGCCAACGCCGAGUUCGUAGGUGCCGUGGCGCCACCUGGCAUGGGCCCGCACGACCCUCAGUACAUUCUUUGUGCCUGGACCCCGGUGGAGCCCGAGAUUGUUCUAGAAGACCAAGCCAGAGCUCCCCCACUUGGCGUAAGCCAGUACUGGGUUUGACUUCCAAGUGGUGGCUUGGCUCAAGCUCAGCUUGCAUUGGAAGUUUGGCAAAGUCAGAAGUGGGCUCUGAGGUUUUCGGUUUGAAAGACUGAAAACACCACUUUAAACUUAUUGACUGUGGGGGCAACCCCCCGUUUUUUUUGGUUUUUUUAAAGAAAUAAGAAAUGGAACUCAAGAAAUGGAACAGCAAGUUUUUAAAUUAAAAGCAGCAUGUCUUGCCAAAGAGUUAAGUGUUUUUUACAUGAUGUUUAGGUUUCCAUGAUGUUUGAAAGGUCACACAAUCUUCACUUCCGUUCAGUACGUAUGAAGAGUUCAAAUGCAAAACCCUCUCAGUGUAUUUCUGAAGAGUUUCUAUGUGUAUGUCUAUUAAUUUAGUAAACUUAAAAAAAUCAGUCCAUCUAAUUUUG